AUGGCGGCCAAUGAGCGCCGAUACAGGCCUUCCAAUUACUCUCCCAGCAUACCAAAAUCAGCUUCUAUGGCUACUGUUGACAGCAAGCCUUUCCUGCGUUUCCCGCCAUCCCCUGAUCGCAAGAGUCGUUAUAAUCGUCGUCGUACUACCAAUACCCUUCCAAGAUCUGGGACUCUGCAUAGCCAUCCUACGGUUGCCAAUUCUUGCCUUACAGCGUCAGCUUCGACGAAUGACCUGAGUCUAUCUUCCCCCAAGCCACUUCGACCUCGAUUCCCCCAGAUCCACAGACUUACUCCUACAAGAAUUCCUAGUCCAGUUUUGGAAGCAAAAUCUUCUCCUGUUCGCCAUGUUAGCACGCCAGUUCUGCCAAGUCAAAAGAGGGAGAAAGAGAAUACGCAGCCCAAGGCCCACCGAUUUCAACAUCCGAUAUCUCCUUCUUAUGAUAAUCCUACUCCUCUUCUUCCAAAGUCUCGAACAAUGGGUAUGCUAUCCAGUUUGACAUCAUCCUUCUCGCGCUCCAAUAUCAAUCUUAAUGCCAGUCGACAGGCCUCUGGCUCCUCUACACAAGCAGCAAUGUCUACUUCUGUGCGUACUAAUCCUCCAUUGCCUCUCUUUACAACCAACAUGCGCCAGAUUCAUACUGCACAACCUAACUCCUAUUGGUGCGGCCGCUUUCAAGCUCUCAGCGACCGCUUCCACAGCGAAGUCCUCGAUGCAUGUCUAUUGGAUUCAGAGAUGCUCCAACAAUAUGUUGCCGCUAGUUCUUCUUCCAGUUCUUCCCCUCCUCCCUUCAAUUCCAAGGGAAGAGGCAAGGCCAAAUCUAAAGGCGUCGAAGAAACGGAAGGGACACAGAAGCUUUUACGUUCCACGACCACAGACGACAUAACUGAAGAUCAUGAUAGGAGGAGUAAUAGAGCGUUUAUUCAUUUGCAGGCUUUGUGCACUACUAAUGAGGCGAAGAAUAGCCUGUGGCAGUUUCAGUUACUUUUUGCUAGGAUGGAGGGCAAGCCAAAGUUAUUACCAACUGGAGGGAAGAUGUCGGAUGAGCGUGCUGGUUGGGUCAGUAGAGUCGGCAGAGCUAUGGGAGCACGAACUGCUAUGGGACUGGGAAAAAGGAAGGAUUCUAUGCUUGGUAUUGGUGCUCGUCAAUGA